UUAGAUCAGAAUUGAAUGAAAUUAGCAGGAUUUAGAAGCCGCUUGCGCAUCCCGAGCCUCACUUGGCCAACGCACUCCUCGAGCCGUCAGCUGUUCCACCUUCCCCGUCACUCACACAACAACAUUGAUGCUCAUUUCAACGCUUUAGUACAAGUUCGAAGAACCACCAAGAUGAUAGACGUCACGGUUAAAACCCUGGAUUCCCAGAAUCACCGGUUCUCAGUUCCAGAUGAUAUCACUGUAAAGCAGUUCAAGGAUAGGAUAGCAUCUUCCGUGAGCAUCCCAGCAGACAAACAGCGACUGAUAUACUGUGGUCGAGUUUUACAGGAUGAUAAGAAACUUGCAGAUUAUAAUGUGCAUGAAAAAGUGGUGCACCUGGUGAUGAGAGCCCCCCCACAGGCCAACAGUCGUACUGCAGGUGGAGGUGCCAGCUCCUCAAGCAACGGAGCCACAGGGAGCAG